AGGAGAACCACCCAAGAAUCGCCAGCCCCGCGUCCCAAGGUCAGAAGAAGAGAAUGCGACUGCCAAGCCGUCCGCCUACCGUCAGUACACUCUUCAGCUGCAGUCUCGCAGAUCAACGGCUGACUUUUGACUCCAGACCGCCCACAACACUGCCCUCGCCCCGUCGCCCGCCAGCGGGGGCAUCAGGAAGUGGCGGGCGCCCCAGACCAAGACCCGGCGCUGCUCCCAUACUGGCAGUGUGUUUUGCCGCUGCCGCCGACCACCUCGCCUUCGGUCGCCGCCACGCCCUCGCCCUCGGCCGAGAACUUGUCGGUCACUGCCCCUGCGGCCAAGCCCUCCCGCCGCUCCGCCGCCGUUCCCGCGGGCGAUGAGCUCAAAAAGAGGGAUGCCGAGCGGGAUCGGGCCGUCUCUUUUUCCGGGGACAAAAUGACAACCAGCACGCGUCGUGCCACCGCCUGUCGCUGCUGCCAGGAGCGGCACGCCAAGAUCGACCGGGCCGGUACUUAGGGGGAGCCUGCGGACGGGGACGAGCUCCUCCCCUGCAACGUGAUGUGGCGUUAUUGGUUGGGUGAAUGAUAGAUACCCCGGGGCUAGAUGCCGCUU